AUGCUCUCGAGAAGACUUGUCGCGACUGCGCGCUCCGUGCCGCUGCGCCGGUACCAGCCGCGUUCGCUGCCGCUGCAGCUUCCCCAGAUGAUGCAGCACGUCCGCAGCUAUGCCGACAAAAUCGUCCAAGUGCCGCAGAUGGCUGAGUCCAUUUCCGAAGGUACCCUGAAGCAGUGGUCGAAGCAGGUCGGCGACUUUGUAGAGCAGGAUGAGGAGAUUGCCACCAUCGAGACUGACAAGAUCGAUGUUGCUGUUAACGCUCCCGAGGCCGGUACGAUCAAGGAAUUUUUGGUCAACGAGGAGGACACCGUCACUGUCGGCCAGGAUAUCGUCAAGAUGGAGCUUGGAGGCGAGAAGUCCAGCUCAAGCGAAUCCAAGCCUGCCCCAGAGAAGAACUCGGAGCCCGAGUCAAAGCCAGAGUCCAAGUCAGAAUCGAAGCCGGAACCUAAGAAGGAGGCGCCCAAGGAUGAUGCGCCCGCCAGUAAGCCCGCUGCCCCGGCAAAGGAGACGUCAAAACCUGCUCCUGCUCCCGAGAAGGAGUCGGCAACCAGCGCUGCUCCGGCGUUUGGCAGCCGUGAGGAACGUCGCGUGAAAAUGAACCGUAUGCGCCUCCGAAUCGCCGAAAGACUCAAGCAGUCGCAGAACACAGCGGCCUCGCUUACCACCUUCAACGAGGUUGACAUGUCCUCCCUUAUUGAGUUCCGCAAGCUUUACCGCGAUGACGUCCUCAAGAAGACUGGUGUCAAGCUUGGUUUCAUGAGCGCCUUCUCUCGCGCUUGCGUCCUGGCCAUGCGCGAUAUCCCGGCCGUCAACGCCUCCAUCGAGGGCCCCAACGGCGGCGACACGAUUGUAUACCGCGACUAUGUCGACAUCAGCGUUGCGGUCGCCACUGAAAAGGGUCUCGUCACCCCUGUCGUGCGCAACACCGAGUCGCUGGACAUGCUCGGUAUCGAGAAGGCCAUUGCCGACAUGGGCAAGAAGGCCCGCGACAACAAGCUGACGAUCGAGGACAUGGCUGGCGGUACCUUCACCAUCAGCAACGGCGGUGUCUUUGGCUCGCUGAUGGGCACCCCCAUUAUCAACCUUCCCCAGACUGCCGUCCUCGGACUCCACGCAGUCAAGGAUCGCGCAGUGGCCAUCAACGGCAAGAUUGAGAUCCGCCCCAUGAUGUACUUGGCGCUUACCUACGAUCACCGCCUUCUUGACGGAAGAGAAGCUGUUCAGUUCUUGGUCAAGGUCAAGGAGUACAUUGAGGAUCCCAGACGUAUGCUUCUGUAA